GGUGAUGUACCACGGAGGCUGCUUCUAGCACGUCAGUCGCCUCUUGAACGUUGUCCUCACAACACGUGGUUAAUGUGCCAUCGGAUAUUCCGAUUACGAGAAAUUUGACGCUUUCUGACUUAAGAAAUUUAUGUCAAAUUUAGUGAAGCUUCAGUCGCACGUGUUAUUGAAAUAAACGCGCUUGUUGUGUGGAUAUUAUUGCUUUGUUGUGAUCAAUAUUACCAUCGGACUGUGCGCCAUGACAUGACAGUAUUAGUGUGUUUGUGGUGACAGUGUGUGUUGUGGUGUGUUGUGGUGGCAUGCGUGUGGUGGCCACUGACCUGUGGUGAUGAUGGCGGUGGUUAAAGUUUUGUUGUUAUUGCUGAUGAGCGCCGUAAGGCACACCAGUGGUUGUAAUUUUUACCCUGUGGGCGAGUAUCUAAGGUUUGUCAGGAUACCGGAGAAUUUGAAGGUCGGGGAUGAAGUCUUACAAGUUGAAGUUCAUCCAAGGAAGAACCUGGUGCUGCAAGCAGUGGACAAGGAGGAAGACGCUCAUCUGUUCACGUACCGCGACGUGAACAGGACGCACGUUGCGGUGCUGCUAGCUCAAAGUUUAGACCAUCUAGUCGAUCGCGACACCCCACAGAAUGUCGUCAAAUUCCGCCUCGGCUGCGACUUCCACACAGGAGACGACCUCAUCUCCGCGUACCUGUCUGUCACUGUGUACAUAGAGGAUGUGAACGACAACUCGCUGGAAAGGGAAAAGGCCUCCGGCACCACACUCAUCAGACUUCACGCCUGUCUUCUGGGUGGUCGUGGUAUCGACCGAGGCUCUCCUCCGCGCCACAGCAACGCCACUGUACACGUCAUAGUGAUGGACAAUGACGACCUGCCGCCCAAGUUCACUCUCGACGUCUACAGAACUAAAAUACCAGAAUUCUAUCCUAUACUGGGCAAGCGCAUCCACAAGGAGCUGGUGUUCGAGCAGGCGGUGCGCGCCUUCGACCAGGACGCGGGCGUGGGCGCGCCGCUGCGCUACCGCCUGGUGGCGGGCGACACGCGCCGCUUCUCGCUCGGCCCGCUCAACGCCACGCUCUUCCUCGACGCUGAGAUAGACCUGGACGCCGAGUCGCUGCCCGGCAACACGCUGGUGCUGGUGGUGCAGGCGGAGCAGGUGGGCGAGGCGCGGCGAGCGGCGCGCGCGCGCAUCGAGGUGGAGCUGCUGGACCUCAACGACAACCUGCCCGACUUCGAGGUCGACUUCUACAACAUCAGCAUCGUCGAGAACUUGCCCAACGGUUUCAGCGUGCUGCAGGUGAUGGCGACGGACAAGGACCAGGGCGAGAAUGCGGAGUUCUCCUACCAGCUCAGCGACCCCGAGGGAGCCUUCGCCAUCGACCCCAAGAGCGGCUGGCUCACUGUCAGGAAUCAGACUGUUUUAGAUAGAGAGCAGCAUUCCUCUUUAAGAAUGAAAGUAUACGCAAAAGAAAAAAAUCCAAGCGUAUUCGGCACAUUUCUGGAUAAACAGAGAUUAUCAAAAUGGCGCCGCAACCCUUCCACAUCGACUCUCCCAAAAGAGAAAACUACCUACGUUUAUCCUGAUAAAAUUGGAACCAAGAGUGAAAAUAUCGAAUACUUCGAAGAUAUAAACCAGUUUAUGUCGUUCGUAACAGUGGAAGUGACACUACUUGAUGCUAAUGAUAACAAUCCCGUGUUUGUUCCGAGCAAUCUGUAUGAGUUCUCAGUGAAAUCGAACGCUAAAAUCGGAACUUUCAUCGGUAAUGUAAAAGCUGUGGAUCCAGAUUUAGGGAGAAACGGUAUCGUAUCGUACGAUUUACAAAGAACUAGUAAUUUGACGAUUACUUCGCCGUUCCAAGUGGAUGCUCAUUCCGGUGAGGUUACAGUGGCGCAGACUCCUAUACUGGAGGGUAGACAUGCGUUGUUUGUGGAGGCAUCAGACCAGCCUGCUAAUCCUAGUGAGAGAAGAUACUCUUUAGCCGUAGUUACGGUUGAUGUCACUAGAUCCAGUACUGAUAAACCGGACUUCGUCGGCGCACCGUAUGAGUUUUGGGUCGGUUCUAACGUCGGUAUUGGAACUAGUGUCGGUCAAAUAAGAGUCAAUGAAGCUAUGGAAAAAUCUGAUGUUUCUUAUGAUCUGCUACAUGGAUAUGAAGAAGGGGUGCCAUUUGCUGUGGAAGAAAGGUCUGGUGUGAUUACUGUUAUCCAUGAGUUAUCAAAAUUCAAUCGUCUUAUGUAUGAUUUUGAGGCGGUUGCGAUACAAGAAGGAGUCGAUUUAAAUAUAGCUACAAACGCGACCAUACAUGUUGUAGAUGCCGACGAUGAGAGAGGUUUCUUGUUAAAGGGUACCCAAUCACCGAUCACAUUCCAUGUUAAAGAAAAUCUAGUGGGAGCUAUGAUAGGACAAAUUUUUAAUAUGAAUAGUAGCAGUGUUGCAACAAAUAAAACUGCAAAUAUCAGAUACAUCAUAGCCAAUCAACAAGAUGUCUCCGAUGAUAUUGCUAUUGGUCAAGAUGGCACCAUUUAUGCUCAAAAGUCCCUUGAUCGAGAAAAGCGGGACUCCUAUAGAAUGACAGUAAUCGUCGAAUUUAACAAAGGAAUAGUAUCAGGCGCUGGAAUUUAUCAAGUAAAUAUAUUUGUCGAUGACGAAAACGACAACCCUCCAGUAUUUGACAACCCUAUUUAUGAAGGUGUUAUUACUGAGAACGCUAAAAAGGGGACGGAAGUGAAAAUGACAAACAAAAUUAGAGCAACUGAUGCUGACGUUGGUCUGAAUGCAAUUUUCUCGUACACAUUGUUCGGAGAUGGUCAUGAUUUAUUUUUUGUAAAUGAAUUGAGCGGUGUGGUUACAUAUGUUGGUAAUAAGCUUGAUCGAGAAGAAAGGAGUUCAUAUUUGCUGAAAGUUGUUGCCAGAGAUAAAGGAAGUCUUAAAUCCGAAGCAAAGUUAACUAUAACUGUCCUCGAUGAAAACGACAAUGAACCAAAGUACAACCAAAUCAUUAUUCCAUUAGGAGAAAGUGUAGAUUUAUUAGAAAUCCACGGCAGGACGGACGUGAAAAUAUUUAAAGAAAAGAAAAAUGACGUGAAUAGCGGAGUUGCAAAAAUAGAAGUUAAACCAAAGAAUAAGUUUUCAACAACUGUCGACGCGACAGGGCCGUUAUUUUUAGUUCCCGAGAAUAUAGCGAUUGGAUCAACGAUAUUGAAAUUGAACGCCGUAGAUAUGGAUAGUGGAGUGAAUGGUCAAGUUCGCUAUGAAUUUAUGUCGGAAGUUUUUAUACCACCGACUGCAUUGUAUGGAAAUGCGUUGCAAGUACGAAGAUAUUUUGUUAUAAAUGAGCGUCACGGACACAUUGUUGUAGCCAGGGCUUUACCUCCGGAAGCUGAAUUUAGAUUAAAUGUCUCCGCUAUUGACGGCGGAGGACUUAUUGAUCAUAUUACAAUACGAAUAUUUGUUAAAGACAUUAAUGAUCAUUUUCCAAUGUUUAAAAAGUCGUGGUAUUCUUUUAAUGUGGAUGAAGCUCAAUACAGCAGACGCGUUCUUGGGAAAGUUGACGCUACGGAUGCUGAUUUUGGACAAAACGCGAAUUUAACCUACUUUUUACAACCGGACAGUAAAGAUUUACCAUUUGAAAUUUCUCCAUUAAAUGGUGUUUUAAGCAUUAACGGUGAAUUAGAUAGAGAAAAGGAAGAUAAAUACAUUCUAACUGUAGUAGCCAGAGACAACGGCUAUGAAAAAAAGCUAACUUCGUCUGUCAGUGUGGAAAUAGAGGUUUUAGAUGUGAACGACAAUGCGCCUAAGUUUUACGCCUAUGACGAGUUAUUAGAAUGGAAACAUCCAGAAGCGGAUAAUAUUUCUAAUCACAAUUUUGAAUCAGUCAUGAUGAUCCCUGUUUAUAAAACUACCUUAGAAGAAAAUACUCCCAUUGGAAGUGUAGUUACACGAGUCUAUGCGAAUGAUUCCGAUUUAGUAAGCAAUGGAAAUGGAUUAAUACUUUAUAGCUUACCGCAAAGAAAAAAUCAAAUGAAUAUAUUUUCAAUAGAUUCGAAAGAAGGAAUAAUCACAACAACGGCAAGGUUGGACUAUGAAUCCCAGUCUGUUUACAAUGUGACCGUUGUCGCAUCAGAUUUAGGCUCACCGAGUUUAAGUUCGACCGCCAUAGUAAUGUUAACAGUGAAAGACGUACCAGACGAGAUCGAAAUAUCAGAUAAACCAGUUUUCAUAUCAAGGUAUUAUGAACUGGAGAUCGAAGAAAAUGUUCACACACCAGUAGAACUAGUUACUCUGAAUUUGACGGAACAUUACGAGAAUUUCAAAAUGAGAUAUUUCAUAUUAAAUGAAAACGAUACAGAUAUUAGAAGAACUUUUGUGAUCGAUCCACGCAAUGGUACUUUAUAUUUAGUCCGAAGCCCAGAUAGGGAAGUAAAAGAUGUUUAUGAAGUUUUGGUCAGAGCGGAGAGACAGAAGAUCAGCCGGGAGAUGCCGCACAUGAUAUAUCCGGUGUCGGAUGACGUGUUGGAGGGAAUGACGAAAUACGAUGUGAAAAUAGUCGUGAGAAUUAAAGAUGUGAAUGAUAAUGCACCGAAGUUCAUUAACGGAGGUCGGCCGAUGGUCACAGCUAUCCCGACCACUGCUCCUUUUGGAUAUGAAGUGAUUAAAUUACAGGCAGUGGACGCGGACGCGGGCGUGAACGCGGAUAUCCGCUACCAGCUGAUGAGCUCGUGCGGCGGGCGGUUCGCUGUGUCGGCGCGCGGCGGCGCGGUGCGCGCGGCGACCAGCGUGGCGCGCGACAAGGGCAAGGUGUUCGGCUUCGACGUCAAGGCCACCGACCGCGCCGGCGCUGACGACGGCCGCUCUGCUAUUGCCAAUGUCUUCGUAUAUGUCCUGGAUGAAAGUCAGCAGCUGAUCCUAGCGGUGGACGCGAAACCGACCGAAGUGGAGAAAGAGAUGGAAAAUAUAACUAGAUCCCUGUCUAACAUGACGGGCUAUGACGUCCGCGUGCGAAGGUUCGAGCCUAGCUUCAAAGGCUCUAUGGAUGGACAUGCAACCGAUCUGUAUAUUUACGGAGUUGAUCCUUUAUCAAACAGCCUCAUAGAUAUGGAUGUUUUACAAAAAUUGCUAUUGAGGCGCGAGUCAGCGCAGCGCUCGGUGGGCGGCUACAAGCUGCUGCGUGUGGGGGCCAGCAAUCAUAAAACGAAAGUCAACGAAGUGUCGUAG